CAAUCGUGAAUCCCUUUAAUUGUAAUGUUUCCCUCCACCUCUUGGUAUCUAUAGCAGUUCUUUACUUGCUUCCGAACCAUAGAUACUUUGCAAAGCAGGAAGAGGAUAGUCUUACAUUAAAAUUGUCUACUUUUUUUUUUCACUUGCAUUUUAUUUAGCGUGUUUACUUUUUGUUUAUUGUGAAUAAUACAUUGAGAAUUACAUAAAACGAGAUAUUUUUUCCAUUAAAAAAAAAAAGAUCACUUGACAGUCUUGAGUAUUCUCAAUACACCACUGACAAUACCAUUAUGCCUAACAAAACGAAAAAAGAAAAGUAAUGUACUACAACUUAUUAACCAUUCGGAAGCAGAAAGCAAGCAGAUGCCAUCAGUAGAGAUGCAAACACCAGCGAAAACGACUAAUGCGAAAGGUAGUGCGAAGGAAAGUACUGAAAAUACAGAGAGUGAGAAUGCCAAAAAGAAAGCUUCUGCGAAUACUGAAAAUCAUCCUCCUACCACCCAACUAACAAAAAUAAAAUACUCAGGUCCUGCACACAUAAAAAAAGACAAGCGUCAAAAUUCUUCAAGAUUCAGUGUUUCUAAAAACCGAGAACUGCAAAAAUUAACACCAAUGAGGGAUGCUCCUUUGACUGAACGCGAACAGCUGUUCAUCCAAAAAAUCCAGCAGUGUGGUGUUUUGUUUGACUUUGUACAAGACCCACUAAGUGACUUAAAAUGGAAAGAAGUAAAACGGGCUGCAUUAAAUGAAAUGGUAGAAUAUGUUUCACAAAACAGAGGUAUAUUGACUGAACAUAUAUAUCCUGAAGCAAUACAGAUGUUUGCUGGAAAUUUAUUUAGAACAUUACCACCUUCCUCAAAUCCUAGUGGAGCUGAAUUUGAUCCUGAGGAAGAUGAACCAACUCUAGAAGCUGCUUGGCCACAUUUACAGCUUGUAUAUGAAUUUUUUCUACGGUUCUUAGAAUCUCCAGAUUUUGUACCUAACAUAGCAAAACGGUAUAUAGAUCAAAAAUUUGUAUUACAGCUAUUGGAAUUAUUUGACAGUGAAGACCCUCGAGAGAGGGAUUUUCUUAAGACUAUUCUUCAUAGGAUAUAUGGUAAAUUUCUUGGUCUGAGGGCCUAUAUCAGGAAACAAAUAAAUAAUAUAUUCUAUAGGUUCAUUUAUGAAACAGAACAUCAUAAUGGUAUAGCUGAAUUAUUAGAAAUCUUGGGAAGUAUUAUUAACGGGUUUGCUUUGCCUUUAAAAGAAGAACAUAAAGUAUUCUUACUCAAAGUAUUAUUACCUCUUCAUAAAGUUAAGUCUUUGAGUGUAUAUCACCCCCAGCUAGCAUAUUGUGUGGUCCAAUUUCUUGAAAAGGAUCCUAGUUUAACAGAACCGGUGAUAAUGACAUUAUUGAAAUUUUGGCCAAAAGUCCACAGUCCUAAAGAAGUCAUGUUUUUGAACGAAUUAGAAGAAAUUCUGGAUGUCAUUGAGCCUGGAGAGUUUGUAAAAGUUGUACAGCCAUUAUUUAGACAAUUGUCAAAAUGUGUUUCUAGUCCUCAUUUUCAGGUUGCUGAAAGAGCCUUGUACUUCUGGAACAAUGAGUACAUCUUAAGUUUGAUUAAUGAAAAUGUGGCUGUUAUUCUCCCUAUUAUGUUUCCAGCACUUUAUAUGAGUAAAGAACAUUGGAAUAAAACAAUCCAUGGUUUGAUAUAUAAUGCAUUAAAAUUGUUCAUGGAAAUUAAUCAGAAAUUAUUUGAUGAGUGCACUAUUCAGUAUAAAGCAGAACGACAGAAAGAAAAAGAACGAAAUAAACAGAGAGAUGAUGCUUGGAACACAUUGCAAAAUUUAGCCAUGACAAAUCCUAAGUUUGGAAAAGUACUGCAUAAAUCUUCAUCUGACAGUGUAUCGAAUCCUGAAAAUAAUGGUCACAGUAACCCUAAUUGUGUAUCAGAAGAAGAAGGAGAUGUUGUAGCCAGUUUAGACAAAUUAGAAUCAGAAGUUCAUGCGCUACAAAAAAGAAAAGGUAAAGAAAAACCGCUUCUACGAAGAAAAUCAGAAUUACCACACGAUAUGACAACAUUAAAAGCUUUGGAAACUCACAAGCGACCUGAAGAAUUUCUGUGUUCAGCAACUGAGCAACAAGCUGCUAAUUGACUGCUUACAUCUGCAUAUGGGAAGUAGUUCAAGGCUAGUUAGACAACGGUACUUCCUCUUGUCACAUGUAUUGUAUAUUGCUGAUCUGUGUGGUGCAUGCUUGUUACUUACUCGGUACUUCACAAGUAAGUGGCUUAGCCAAUACAGAUUGCAGCUUAAGGGUAAAGUUGGGUUCAACAUUACUUCUUAAGUCCUAAACAUGAAAAUUUAAUUUAUGAGUGUAUUAUUUUGAAGAUGUCUGUCACACAGACAGGAAUUGUUCAACAAGACACUUGUGCAUGGUUUCAAAUUGGCUAGUUUGACUGUUUUUUUUUUUUUUAACAUGGUUAAAAAAAAAAAUAAAAGAUUUUUCCCUUCUCCACCCCUCUCAUAUAGCUCAGUGAAACAUGUCUAUUGGCCUUAAUCUACCACAUUUAUAACUUUAGAAGGCACAAGCUUAGUAUUUUACUUUUGGGUUUCCUCCAAAAAGUUCAGAAAAAAGAAAAAAAAAAGAAAAAGGUAAAAAAAAAUCAUAAAAAAGUUCAGAUUUAGGAGUUUUUUCUUUACAAAGUUAUUAAUCAUUCUUUUAAAUUAUUUUUCAUUUUUUUUUUUUUUCAUUUAAGAUUUAGAAUUUUAAUGUCAUCUGUGGAAAAUAUUCUUUGAAUAGAUAAGGAAUGUGUUUACAUUAAAAUAAAAUUUAAAUUUCCUUUAAAAGGAAUUGAUGAAUAUUGGGAAAAAAAAAGAAAAACAUCAUCAAAGCAUUAUGACACAUUUUAACCAUAUGCUUUUCCUUAUGUACAUCUGAAGGUGAAAUUGUUUUGGGUCUGUUAGAACUGCAUGUCUUAUUAGUUAAAAAUAUAUUUUCUGUACACACACAUACACACAUACGCAUCAAUAGUUUAGUUUAUUAUUAUUAUUAUUAUUGUUGUUAUUAUAAUUAUUAUUAUGGUUCACCACAAACAUGUGGGUUGGUUUAAAGCCCAAAAGAUCCAUUGGUGCUGCUAGAAUUCAACCUGAACUUAUACCUUGGAUGCUUUUGUGUAAUGUAUAACCAGUUAGCCCAUUUGUCCAAAGCAUUUUACUUCCAAGAGUUCCUACUACCUUUCAACACCUCCCAGAUUGGGGGGAAGAGUGCUUUUCUCUUACAAAUUCAGGCUUCAUACUGUUAGGUUAUAUACAAUACAUGUGACUGUGCCUAUUUGCUACAAUUGUUGUACACUGGACCAAAUGUUGCCAAUAAUCUGACCAAACUUCAGCAACUUCAAACAGUUAAAAAAAUUUUUUUUUAAAAUCUAUUUCAUCUCUCUAAAUCCAUUGCAAAUCACAAUGGUUGACAGCACACCAAUUGUGGAGUUAUAUUAUUUCAUUUGUAAGUUUAGCAGUUUUCUCUGCUGAGAAAAUUUCCACUGCUGUUAUUGAACUAUUUCAGAAUUAGUAAAAUAUCAGUUACAGUUUCAUAGAUUCCACAUUUCAGUAAUUUUGGUAACUGGUAACAGAUUUCCUAAUCCAUAAACAAGACUGCAUAAUUCUGUAUAGUUCUUUGUUUCUUUUGAUGUGUGUGUGUGUGUGUGUAUAUACUCCCAUACAUACAGGUUUCUUUUUAAUGUCACAAAGUAAUUAUUUCUCUGUUUAUGGGAUACUAUUUUACCCUGAUUGAAAUAAAUUUCUUUGUUAAUAUGACAUACUGCCCAUUAUGGAGAAAUAGCAAGCAAAAUAUAUUGACUGAUGUGUUUUAAUAUAUUCACUGUUGAGAGUUCUUAAAAGUGUUUAUUAUUGUAGUGUAUUACUUUGUAAUAUUAAAGUAUAGUUUAAGCUAUAUAUAUAUAUAUAUAUAUAUAUAUAUAUAUAUAUAUAUAUAUAUAUAUAUCUGUAUGUAUCUGUAUGUAUCAUCAUAGAUUGAAUUAAUCAUUUUAUUUUUAAUUCAUAGUAUCCAUACGAAAUCAUUUGAAAUUCAUGUAAAGGGUUUACUCAUCUAGUAAUUUUAUUAGUUCACAUAUGUUAGUUUUAUUAGCAGAAAGUUUGAGGUAUAAUCUCUUUCCAGUUAAAAUGUUUAUGAAGUUGAAGGAGAGUACCGUGAAGAAUAAAAAUGGAAUAAGCUGUUGUUUUGUUUGAGUAUAUUUAUUGAAAUAAAGACUAAAUAGAUAACAGAAAUAAGUCCCAUUAUCAAUUAUCUGGUAAGAUUUUAAAACUAAAUGAUAAGCACCAAUAUUUAAGUGAGAAACAGGCCCACUUAGUUCUUGCUUGGUAAAUGGUCCAAUCAGUUGGUUUGUUGAUAUUUUCAGGUUCUCUAACAUAAGUGAAAGGAAGUUAUCCUCAAACUGGAAACCAGCCUUGACUCUUGUGGCAGUAGACUCUGCUAAACGCACCCAAAGGCCAGGUGUUGGUGGUGUUAAACUUGGCAAUGGAUUAAAUCAAUCACCCAUGAAUGUUCCCUGAAGUGGGCUUUUGUACAGUUUCUGUCAACGAAAUUCCACCCACAAGGUAUUGGUUGAUCUAAGGCUUUAGUAGAAAACACUUGCCCUAGGUGCUUGUGCAGUGGGUUUGAACCUGAAUCCACUUUGCUGUGAAACAAACUUCUUAACUAUUCAGCCAUUGCUCUAUGGAACCCAUUUAUUUGAUCUAGUUAGAUCUGGAAAGUUCUUGAUAAACAAUCUUUAUUGUAGUAUAAUAGUAGAAUUAACAAAUAUUACUUAGUUUAUAUUCUGGGAUUUUUCUCAAAUUAAAAUAAAAGAAAAAAGUUUUCUUUGCUAUUAUUUGGGAUAUAAAAUACCUGAGAUACAAGUCAUAUGAAAUUUAUAAGAACUGGAAUGCAUGCAGUCAAAUAAUAAUUCUCUCUCUCAUAUAUAUAUAUAUAUAUAUAUAAUACCCCCCCCCACACACACACAUAUACACACACACAUAUCCGUCCAACCCAUGUAAGCAUGGACAAAUGGAUGUUAGAUCAAUAACAAAAUAUUGUACGUUUAAAAAGUGGAUAACAUGUUACUCUAUUAAAAUAAAAUAAAAAAAUUUGUCAUGUUUUGCCAUUAACAGAUAAUUGGAGAAAAAAAAUCUCUAUGCAGUUUAAAUGUUUAAUGUGUCUGCAUUAACAUACAAUAUGUUGUAACACAUGCUUAAUAUGUAAUAAACUGGCUUAGCUGUUUUUUUUUUAAGAUAAAUUAUAAAAGGAAAGUUGAUUUCAUUUUCUUUAGUUAAAACGAAAAAGUUUUUUCUUCAGUGUUAUUGUUAUGGCAAUAUUCUCAGAUGGUUCAAUUUCAUUUAAAAAAAAGUUUUAUUUUUGACAUGGAAUAAUUGGUUUGUAAGAGUUAAUAAUAUAUUACACACACACACACACACACAUACAUAUAUGAGCUUUUUUUGGCAUCCCUUCUUUCACACACAUACACACUCACAUGCUCUUUCUCUCUCAAGCACACACUAACUAAAACUAUGCAGCAGUAAUUUCCAGAACAUAGUAUCAUUCAUUACUGUCAUUCUUGAAUAUAUCUUUAGUUUUUAAACGUUCCUAUCUCUUUGAUACUGAUAUAACAUUCAUCCUCAUCAUCGCUACCAUCAUCAUCAUCAUCAUCGCUAUCAUUAAUAACAACAACACUUCAUCUCAAAUUAUUUUUGUUAAUUUCAUUUUUUUUUUUGUCUUAAAUUUCAUUCAGCAUUUUGAGUUAGAGAACUGAUGUGUAUGUUAUUUUCUUAUUUGAUUUCUGUGACAAUCUCCAGUCUCUUCCCAUACUCACUGUGUGUGUGUGUGUGUAGUACUGUCCCAGCCAGAGUGGUCAAUGAUUAUUGGCUGGAAUUAGUAAGAGUAGUACUGAUGUGAACUGAGAAAAGGUAAAUGUAUGUGUGUGUAUGUGUGUAUGUGUGUAUGCCUGUGUGUGUGUGUGUGUGUGUAUACACACACAGAUGGUAGUUUAUUUAUUGAUUCAAAGCUAAAGCAUCCCUCCAUUCCUCUAGACAUUCACCAGGAUGUUGGCAUGAAGUUUUCUUGUGGGGAAAAAUAAAAUGAAAUUUAGGGGCAGGGAUGAGGAGAAAGGGGUAAGAAGGGUCUGAAACUCAAAUUAAAAACAAAUUUUUAAAAAAUGCUCCAAUAAAACUUAAAAUUAUGAUUGAAUUUGGAAGAGGUUUACAGAAGCAGGGAAUGGUAAAAUUAAUCUGAAGUUUCUAUUUAUAAUUAUAUUACAAGGAAAUUUAAGUUAAAUCCAUUAGAGUUCAGGAUGAAAUUGGCUUUUAAUAGAUAAAGUGUGUUUUAUUAUUCAUUUGAACUUAAUUGUUUUAGGACAAUAAGAUCUCCAUUUAGAUUUGAAUUAUUUUAGUUAUUACCUACAUAUAAUUUUUGCUUUUUUUUAUAGGAAUAUUUGAAUAACAAUAAAAGCAUUUAUAAUAAACAAUAAUGAAUUUUUUGAUGAGCUUAUGCUACUUCUGCUAAAAUCACAGCUAAAUCGCUCUCAAACUACAUGUAGAAAAAAAAAAAAAAGAACAAAGGUCACAUUUGGUCCUUUGUCUGAAAAUGGAAACAGUUUGGUCAGUGGUGUGCUUAAAGUUUAUUAUAUGGGGCUAAAACAACCUCUAUAUUGUCUUUUCCUCUUUCUCUCUCUUUUUAAAAAUGGAAUAAAAUUCUUGGGAGGGUCAAUGCAGGUUUAUAAUUUUAAUUUUAAAUCAUUUUCUGCUUGUCUAGUUCAGUGUAACUUUUUACUUAUGUAUAGAAAUCUUUCAAUUUUAAAGUAAGAUUUAUGAAAAGUAGUAAUAAUAAUAAUAAUAUUAUAAUAAUAAUAAUAAAGUGUAAACUAUUUUGUACAAAGGGGAAAAGUGAUUAAGCUUAAUUUUUAGAAAUAAAAAUGUGAUUGUGAUAAAUUUUUGACUAGACCUUCAUUCAUGUAAAUUUACUUUUUUUUUUUUUCUUAUGCUCAUUGUCUUCAUCUUUCUUGCUUUCAUGAAAUUGGUAAUGUGCCUGUUUCACAGAAUAAGGUAUAUCUUAUACCUGUUUCAUGAAGGAAACUUCCACAGAGUGUGUGUGUGUGUGUGUAUAUAUAUAAUAUUAUAUUAUGUAUGUAUGGUACAUGUGGUUAGAUGAUGGCGUGUGUAUGUGCAUAUUCGUGUGUGCGUGUUUGUAUCUAUGUAUGUAAUGACAUUUGUGGCUUCUUCCCGAAUUUAUAUCCGAAGCCAUGAAGUUUGGAAUCAUAUUUACAUUCUGGACAGUUGAAAAUGCAAGCUUGUAUGAGUGUUUACUAUUGGUGCAUGAUUCUCUUUGAAAAGGUUAAAAAAAAAAAAAGUUUGCAUUAUUAGGCCUUUCUGUCUAUAGUCCAAUUUUCUCUUCUCUCCCUGUGCAGCAUCUCAUAAUGCAGUACAAUACAUUUUUUUUUAAAAUUCAAAUCUACAUCAUUGGAGUGAUGUUUGUUUGCUGUAAACAAUUGAGAAUGUGCUACAUCAUGUUUAUGACAAGCUGUUAUCACAGGAACUAUGUCAAACUGAGAAAUAAAGUUGUCAAAUCAUA